AAUUUAGUCCAUAAAACGUUGCCUUUUACCUGUGAAUACUACUUAAAACUGUACCUAAGAAUGGCAGAAACUAAACCAAAGUUAAAGGAUAAUCCCAAAGCGGCGUUAGAACAAUACAUUAUCACGUUACAGAGUGAAUCGAAAAUGGCCAGAAAACAGGCUCUGCAGAGCAUAAACGAUGAGAUAUUCGAGAACCCAACUAAUGACGAUUGCGACCUCACUAUGAUUUUUCCUGAAGUCUACCCUUAUGUACUAAAAAGCUUCUCUGACUCUGCGGAGGCAUGUAGAGAGUGCGCCGCCAAAAUUAUAAUGAAUUUCAUCGGCAAGUUGCCCCUGAAUGACUACUACCUCACCUAUAUACUGCCUGUCAUAGUCCGACGUAUUGGUUGUCCAGAGAUCAUCGAAGAUUCCGAGGAGAUUCGUUUGAAACUGAUUGAAUUAGUCCACUUAAUAUUAAAGAAAUAUAAAGUGCCCCACCUCCUUAGUCCAUUUAUAAAUGAUUUCACUAACAUUCUAACGAAAACGGUAACUGAUCCGUAUCCUAAAGUAAAGCUGGAAGCUUGUGAAUGCGUUAUAGCUCUGACUAAAAUUGUGCCAAGAGAGUUUCAGUUCCAAUCAGAGAGCUAUGUGAAACCGGUGCUGUCGAACUAUGCUCACCAACAUUUUAGAGUUAGAGUUGCGUCUAUUAAAACUAUGGGCGCAAUAGUCAUGGCAGGCGAUUACAAAUGCUUAGAGAAGUCUAUCACGCCAAUGGCCGAAAAACUGUUCGACGAAAACGCACACGUUCGCAUGCAGGUGACUGUCGAAGUUGGCAACUGGAUGCUUAACUAUCGUGAUCGAUACUCUUUCUGGCAUCGCAUGAUUCCUCUAUUGCUUACCAGCUUAAGUGACGUAAUGGAUGAUAUCAGAGAAACAGCAACAAAACUUUGGAACGACGUUGGUUUGCAAUAUAUGGAGGAGAACGAAGAAGAUCUCAAAAAGAAAACCGACUUCCUCAAGGAUCAUCCUUCACACUACCCUCCUGACUUGAAACGACCGAAUCUUGGAUGUCGGACCCUAGUUCAGACUAAUAUUGGAAAAAUCGCUCCAGCUAUAUGGCGAGAGAUGGAGGGUUGGCAAGCUGACACACGUCUUCGUGUAUCUCAACUACUAUGUUGGCUUCUUCUUAAUGGUGAAGACGGAUGUACACAGCAUGCGCCUACCAUAGUGCGAGCGCUACAUCGCGGCGCCGCCGAUGAUGACGCACGUGUCGUUGUUGAGAUAAAACGGGCAGCAGAAUUGUUGGGCUACUUCAUUAUACCGCACACAUGGUGGCCCUUGCUAGAAGCUGAAUUGGACUCGUGGAGUGCGCUUUUGGUGCUUGCCAACGUUAUCAAGGGUUCCCAAGCCCAUCUGGUGCAGGAGUUGGCAAUGGGAGAGAUCUGUAAGCAGCUGUCUGACCCUGACAUGUGUCGGGUUAGAAAGGCAAAAUAUCAAAGGCACAUGAUGGAAGUGGCGGAAGCAUUGUUAGACCUAUGCCGCGAGGGCAUACAACCGGUCGCAGAGGAGAUGUUCAUCAUCUGUUUCACCGUUUACGCCAUGCCUGUUGACGAAAAAAUACAAUUUUAUGCUUACUCGAAUCUGGAUAAGCUACGUUACCAUGAAAAGACGGGGAAGUCUACCACCAGUCUGUAUGAGAAAUACAUUCGGCGCAUAUUAGCUGAUAUUACCAGCGAUGCUCUCACCUGGACAUUGCUCACCCCGGACCUAUGUCUGCUUGAGUGUGUGCUGUUACAUUCAGGAUACGCAAUGGGAGCUCAAUUGCACCUUAUUGCACCACUCCUCAAAGAAUGCUUGGGCACCCCUAAAGUGGACCCUGAGGUCAAGCUGAAGAUCUUCACAGUACUGUCUACUGUACUUGCUGAACGGCGAAGCAAUUUUUCGAAGUGCGAUACUGAUAAGUUGGAGGCGUUUUUGAAGAUUGUUAUUGAAGAAGUAAUAAUGCCGAACCUGAUCUGGUCCCCGGGCCGCACUGCCGAAGCGAUUCGCACCGCGGCCGUGGCCUGCCUCUGCGCAGCGCUGCAAGACAACCCCGAUAGCGAACAGAAAAUGAAAAUGAUCGAUUGUGGUGGGGACGGUGAUAAGAACGACAAGGAAGUGAAUCUUUUCCCUACAAAGGAAUCCUUGGAACCGUUGCUAGAGCAGGUGGUGCCUUUGGUGGUAGCUUUGGUUGACGACAACUCUACUCUGACGCGUCAGCAUACGUUGCGCUGUAUAUGCAGUCUCGCUUUGCUUGCUCGUCAGCGCGGCUGUUUCACCACUGACAUACUGCAUAAAAUAUACUUUGGUGAGCCAAGAAACUGAU